CGGUUGUUCCGCUUCCCCUCCGGUCCGGGCCGUCGCCAUUGCCGAAGGCUCCCUGCCCUCCCCUCCCGGCGCCCGCGGGGCUCGGCUGCCGCUCGGCCUAGCGGUAGCAGCCGCUGCGCUACAGCGCGGCUCCUUUUCUCGUUCCGCUUCCCCUUCCGUCUCCUUCCCGCCCCGCGCCGCGCGCCUGCCUCGGGCGACUCCGAAGCCCCCCGGGAGCUUGGACGGAGGCGCCUCGCUGGGGCGGGGACCUUUCCUCGCCUGGGGCCAUAUCAUAAUUCUGAAUCAUGUCUGAUAACGGAGAACUGGAAGACAAGCCUCCGGCGCCUCCUGUGAGAAUGAGCAGUACCAUUUUUAGCACUGGAGGCAAAGACCUUUUGUCAGCUAAUCAUAGUUUGAAACCUUUGCCCUCUGUUCCAGAGGAAAAAAAGCCCAGGAGUAAAAUCAUCUCUAUAUUCUCAAGCACAGAAAAAGGAAGUAAGAAGAAAGAGAAGGAACGACCAGAAAUUUCUCCCCCAUCUGACUUUGAGCAUACCAUCCAUGUUGGCUUUGAUGCUGUUACUGGAGAAUUCACUGGCAUGCCGGAACAAUGGGCGCGAUUAUUACAGACCUCCAAUAUCACCAAACUAGAGCAAAAGAAGAACCCUCAGGCUGUGCUGGAUGUCUUAAAGUUCUAUGACUCCAACACAGUGAAGCAGAAAUAUCUGAGCUUUACUCCUCCAGAGAAAGAUGGUUUCCCUUCUGGAACACCACCACUGAAUACCAAGGGAUCAGAAACAUCAGCAGUAGUAACAGAGGAAGAUGAUGAUGAUGAAGAGGCUGCUCCCCCUGUUAUUGCCCCACGACCGGAUCAUACAAAAUCAAUUUACACACGGUCUGUAAUUGACCCUAUUCCUGCCCCAGUUGGUGAUUCUAAUGUUGAUGGUGGUGCCAAGUCUUCUGACAAACAGAAAAAGAAGACCAAAAUGACAGAUGAAGAGAUUAUGGAGAAAUUAAGAACUAUUGUGAGCAUAGGUGACCCUAAGAAAAAAUACACAAGAUAUGAAAAAAUUGGGCAAGGGGCUUCUGGAACAGUUUUUACUGCUACUGAUGUGGCUUUGGGACAGGAGGUUGCUAUCAAACAGAUUAAUUUACAGAAACAGCCAAAGAAGGAAUUGAUCAUUAAUGAGAUUCUGGUGAUGAAAGAAUUAAAGAAUCCCAACAUAGUUAACUUCUUGGACAGUUACCUGGUGGGAGAUGAAUUGUUUGUAGUAAUGGAGUACCUUGCUGGGGGAUCACUUACUGAUGUUGUAACAGAAACCUGCAUGGAUGAAGCACAGAUUGCUGCUGUAUGCAGAGAGUGUUUACAGGCAUUGGAGUUUUUACAUGCUAAUCAAGUGAUCCACAGAGAUAUCAAAAGUGACAAUGUGCUUUUGGGGAUGGAAGGAUCUGUUAAACUUACUGAUUUUGGUUUCUGUGCCCAGAUCACCCCUGAACAGAGUAAACGAAGUACCAUGGUUGGCACACCAUACUGGAUGGCACCAGAGGUGGUUACACGGAAAGCUUAUGGCCCUAAAGUGGACAUAUGGUCUCUGGGUAUCAUGGCUAUUGAGAUGGUAGAAGGAGAGCCCCCAUACCUCAAUGAAAAUCCUUUGAGGGCCUUAUACCUGAUAGCAACUAAUGGAACCCCAGAACUUCAGAACCCAGAGAAACUUUCCCCAAUAUUUCGGGAUUUCUUAAAUCGAUGUUUGGAGAUGGAUGUGGAGAAAAGGGGUUCAGCCAAAGAAUUGUUACAGCAUCCCUUCCUGAAACUGGCCAAACCGUUAUCCAGCUUGACACCACUGAUUAUGGCAGCUAAAGAAGCAAUGAAGAGUAACCGUUAACAUCAUUGCCGUGGCCUCAUAUUCUUUUUUCCAUUUUCUAAAAGAAGUCUUUUAAUAUAUGAAAAUUAUUAUUCUUUCGGGGUUUAAGGAAAUGGUCUGCGUAACAUGGAGGAAAAAACAAACAAACUACUACUUCCUGAAGACAACCAAGAGAAAAUUGCAAAACAACAUGACAACUUUGUGUUGAAUCCCUUCUUUAGGGUCCAAAAGGAAUUGUGGACUGAAUCACUAGCCUUACUUCUUUCAGCAGACAGCCCAUCAGGGCCAUUUAUAAUGCUUGAGAUUUGCAUUUUAUUUUGCUGACUUCAUUGUAAUAGAUCCCAUUCAUUGCCCCUCUUGGGGUAUUUUCAAUACUUGAAUGGCAGAUUCGAGUUUUUCAGAGUAUAUAUUUCAUCUGCUAGUCUUCUUCCUCUUCUUUGUAGCUUUCUUUUUCCUCGACUUGCUCCUUUUGAGUUGUUUUCCUUAGGCCUAAAUUAGAGUCAAGUUUGAUAGAAAUUAUGUAGCUCCUUAUAUUGGUAAAGGAACUUGAUAUGGUUUAACUUUGUAUAGAAGUUAGGACCAGCUAUUGUUACAUGUAAUAUUUUGGUUCAGAAUUUGAACUGGGGGAAGGGAAGAAAAAUAUGUGAUUUUUACCUUUUUUAACAAAUGUGAAAGUUGAUUUUAGAAAUUUCAUGAUAGUGAGGUGUUUGGCAUUUGUUACAUGUAUAGAGAGACUAAUAAUCUAUAUUUAUAACUAAAUCAUUGAGACAAAAAGAGAAUCCCAUUGACUACAUCCUUACAAUUUUAUUUUCCCUUCUGACCGUUUCCUCUUCACAUUUGGCUUCAGGAACCAAAGUGAUUUGCUCUUGUUCCAACUUGGGCUUUUAUGACUUCGAUUGAUGCCGCUACUUUCCCCUUCUCUCUUUCCCUUCAUUUUGGAAAUAAGUUUCUGUAUAUGUUGUAAUUUUAGUUUGUUUGUUUUUUAAUUAACCCUCUCUCACCCUGCUCCCCACCCCAUGGUAAAUAAUAUAAUAACCAUUGAAUCAGAAUUUAAAAGGUAACUCUUUUUCCAUUUAAAGGAGAAAAAUAUUUGGAGCUAGUAGAGACAAUGUGAGAGUCUUGAACCUUGGUGAGCUCUAAAAUAAUUAGAUGAGAUUAUAUUCAUGAAAGACAAAUGUCAGUUACAUAGAGAUGCAGCUGCUGACCAGGAAACUGUAGAGAUUUGUUAUAAACAUUGUUCCCAACCCCUUACCAAGGUUUUACUAUCCGAGAACUUAAAUGACAGAGUAUUUCUUCAUAAAUUCAUGGAUCAUUUGAGAUGUUGAGCUACUAUUGAUUUUUUUCAAAUAAGUAAAUAAUAUUCAUGUAAAAAACUGGAGAAAGGAAGAAAAAUGAAAUGUGCUUGUUGAUAGCAAUACUUUAUUUUAAAGAUUUUUAAAAGGUCUGUGACCUGUAGCAUUAAUUAUUAAACUGCCCUCUCUUCUCUCCUCCCCUCCUCUUCUUCCUCUCCUCUUUCUCCUUAUUUUUUGAUUGUUUUACAUUUGGAUGUAGUGUCGCCCCUUCUGGCAUGCCAAGAGCCACAUAAAAGAGAAAAAUCAGUGGUUUGGUUUUGGAACAGAAUGUUCCCACCAUUCUCUGCUAAUUAACUUCAUACCUACUUGCCAUCCUGCAAUAGUACAAAUAAUGAAUAAAAGCAGUUUUGAUGAUUUGGAGUACAUUUGGGGGAACUAAUAUAGUUUUAUGUCCUGUCAUUCCCAUUAUCUGUGUUAAGAUGGAUAGAAAUGCCUGGGGUUUUUGGGGUUUUUUUUUUUUUUUUAUAAUGCAGGAAGGUUUCACAAAAACGAGUAAAAUAAUGAAACUUUUAUUUAGAGCACUUAAUGGUCUGUUUUCAAUUUGGUUCUUGAUUUUAUGUUUCUCUGGAUUAUAUUGGCCCCCUCUAGCUAUUACUAAAUUACUUUAUAGAAGCAAGCUGGUUUAUUUCUGAUGGAAAGCUACAUUGCCUCUUGGGUUCCAGAUUUGAACAUUCUUUGUAAAUAGUUGGAUGGAUUGUGAUAAAGAAGAUGCUACCGAUGAAAUAGAAAACCAACUAGAUGAUAAGACUGUGAUCAUCAUGACCACUCUAGAAGGCACUUCCAUGUGUAAGUCAUAAAGACCAUAUUCAUUGAAUACAGUGCCAAUGCCCCAUUUUUUUAUUCCUGUGACUCAACGAAGGUCUUUUCAGUUUAUAGAAGCAGUUUGGGAUUUGUAUUUUACAACUUUUGAUGGUUACCUGCAUGUCCAUUGCUGGCAACGGACUUUGUCAUUAAAAUCUGACUCCUAGGUUAAGGGAGCUACACUGUGGUUUAUUCUUUACUUACUUGGAUAAACUAACUUGUAAUAGAAAUAUACUUUGGUUAAUUCUGAAAUGUGUCAUUUUUAAACAAAAUAAUCUUAAAAGCAAUAUGGAAUUGUGAUUUAUUAGUUAAUUUUAAAUUAAAAUGUUUAGAUUUUGUUGAAAGAAAAAUUAUAUCUGAAUCAAGAUUCAUGUUUUUUUGAUAACUGCCUUUUGUAUUCACCCUCUUGUCAUCACUUUAGAAUGAAAAUUUCCAUUUAAAUCUAAAAAUUACCUUGGUAGUCUUCUUGUAUUAUUAGGACAUUAUUACUAUAGUACUUAUUUAUUUUAUUUCAGACUCUGGCGGUCUUAAAGUUCCCUUCUCCUCUUGUUCCUUUUGCUGCUUUUAGGAACAGUUAAAACUGGGAAACCAUGGAAAUACUGAGUAGUUUAUCCUACCUAGGAUAGUAAACAAGUAGAGUGAUUGUGAUAGCAAUAGAAACCAAGGCUAACACAACUCUCUUCAUGUGUUGAGUGCCUGGCACAUAGUAUACAUUCUCUUCCCUUUCACGUAUAAAUAUUAAGCUGCUUAAAAUGUAUCUAGUUACCACCAGUCCUAAAUGAACCUGUGCCUUUAAUAAGCAAUUUAAAACUACCUAUGACUUUCUUUUAGGGCUCACAUAAAUACAUGUUUGUUUAAAUAUACUGUUCCCUAGCCAGAAUAAUUCUAGAUCUGAUCAGGCAGUAGCUAUAGUUAGAAGAAAAUCGAUGCCUAAAGAAUUUGCACCAGUUUUUUAAUCUAAAAGUUUUAAAAUAAACAUAUCCAUAUCCAGUGAUGUCAAAAAAAUCAUUGUGGAAUAUAGCUAAAAUCCAGAUUUUUUUAUAGUGGAAUUUCAUAGUAUAAAACAGAUUGUCGUCCUUGUCUCCAUUGCUCCUACAAUAGAUAUUUAAACAUUUAAAAUCAGUUUUUCCCACAGUGCGUGUGUAUGCAUGUGUAAAAAAGGAAAAACACACACUUUUUUUUCUCACUCUACACAUUUAUUGACUACUUUGGCAAAGACACUGUGGUAGAUAUUGUAGGAAUUUUAUAAAGGAGAAUCAAACACUGGCCUGGCCUUGAGAGAACUGAAGUGUUUUUCCUUCAUCAUUCUAGAAUAUUGCCAAAUGAGAGGGAGAAAGGAAUGUAUGAUAAUUCUGUCAAACAAAUUUUCAUUCUGUAUUAAGCAAAACAGAAUUAUAGUUGGAAUUAAACAUCACCUUUGGUAAGAA